GUGGCCGAAACUGACACAAAGUAGCGGGCCGAGGCCCCGGGGGAGCGGGGCCGCAGCUGGGGGGGGCGGGAGCCCGUGGGGAGCCGAGCCGAGCGCCCCCCGCCCCAGCCCCCGGCAUGGGCAGUACGGGGCCGCCGGGGCGGGCGCCGAGCGCUGAGCGCUGAGGGUCUCCCAUGGGAUUGCUGGGACCUUGCUGGGUGAGAUGGCACUGUGUGCAAAAAAGCGCCCCCCAGAAGAAGAAAGGAGGGCGCGGGCUAAUGACCGAGAAUACAAUGAGAAAUUCCAGUAUGCGAGUAACUGCAUCAAGACCUCCAAGUACAAUAUUCUCACCUUCCUGCCUGUCAACCUCUUUGAGCAGUUCCAGGAAGUUGCCAACACUUACUUCCUGUUCCUCCUCAUUCUGCAGUUGAUCCCACAGAUCUCUUCCCUGUCCUGGUUCACCACCAUUGUGCCUUUGGUUCUUGUCCUCACCAUCACAGCUGUUAAAGAUGCCACUGAUGACUAUUUCCGCCACAAGAGCGAUAACCAGGUGAAUAACCGCCAGUCUCAGGUGCUGAUCAAUGGAAUCCUCCAGCAGGAGCAGUGGAUGAAUGUCUGUGUUGGUGAUAUUAUCAAGCUAGAAAAUAACCAGUUUGUGGCGGCGGAUCUCCUCCUCCUUUCCAGCAGUGAGCCCCAUGGGCUGUGUUACAUAGAGACAGCAGAACUUGAUGGCGAGACCAACAUGAAAGUACGUCAGGCGAUUCCAGUCACCUCAGAAUUGGGAGACAUCAGUAAGCUUGCCAAGUUUGACGGUGAAGUGAUCUGUGAACCUCCCAACAACAAACUGGACAAAUUCAGCGGAACCCUCUACUGGAAGGAAAACAAGUUCCCUCUGAGCAACCAGAACAUGCUGCUGCGGGGCUGUGUGCUGCGAAACACCGAGUGGUGCUUCGGGCUGGUCAUCUUUGCAGGUCCCGACACUAAGCUGAUGCAAAACAGCGGCAGAACAAAGUUCAAAAGAACGAGUAUCGAUCGCCUAAUGAAUACCCUGGUGCUCUGGAUUUUUGGAUUCCUGGUUUGCAUGGGGGUGAUCCUGGCCAUUGGCAAUGCCAUCUGGGAGCACGAGGUGGGGAUGCGUUUCCAGGUCUACCUGCCGUGGGAUGAGGCAGUGGACAGUGCCUUCUUCUCUGGCUUCCUCUCCUUCUGGUCCUACAUCAUCAUCCUCAACACCGUUGUGCCCAUUUCACUCUAUGUCAGGUAUGUGCCUUCUCUGACCUGGGGUCUCUCCAGGGAGUCAGGCGGUCCCAUAGAACUUUUCUUUUCUAUGAAGUUGAAGUCCUUGAGAAGUAACUUGAAGUCCUCUUCUUCCUGUACUGUAAACAUUUGAUGUUAUCUGUUUAUCUUUGUGGGCAGAGCAAACUUUUUACCACAGUUUCCUGGUACUUGGGACUGUAUUAGAGAAAAAAAAAUAUUGAUUUAUUCAGCACCUAUUUAUUACAUGCCUACUGUGUACAAAGAAGUGUGCUAGGUGCCAUGACAAAUAAAAGACGAAUUAGGAAUGGAUCUCCUUCCUUCUAGGAGCUUAUGUCUAGUAAAGGAAGGAAAAUCUAAACACAUUAUAAAACAAAAUAGGAACCAGUGCUGUAGAAUUCGACCUAGAGUCUUCUGUGUGAAGCUUGGGGAUACAGAGAUGUAUAAGGUGGCCUCUGCCUUUAGCAGCAGCAGACGGAUAGGUCGAGGAGGGGAGAUCUGGACAGUGUCAGACUGAGAUACCAUGUGGGAGGCACAGGGUGCCCGGGGACUGGGAGAGUGUCGCUCCCUAAGCAGGUAGGCAGAGAGGGAGAGAUGGCAUUUGCUCUGGGCUUUGAGUGGUGACUGGGCUGGGUGAAGGUGGAGCCACAAUGGAGAGGAGGAUGAGAGGGCUGGAAGCAAAGGUGUGGAGAUGGGAGCCUGGGAGAUGGCCUAUGGAAAUAGUUGGCCAGGGUCUCGGGCCAAGAGCAAGAGCUGGAAACAUAGCUUGCUCCUGAUUGUGGAGGCUUUUGAAUAUUUGCCUGUGGACUUUGUACUUACUAACCAUUAAAAGUUAUUGAAAAGACUGGGCACGGUGGCUCACACCUGUAAUCCCAGCACUUUGGGAAGCCAAGGUGGGCGGAUAACGAGGUCCGGAAUUCGAGACCAGCCUGGCCAACAUGUUGAAACCCCAUCUCUACUAAAAAUACAAAAAUUAGCCAGGUGUGGUGGCGGUUGCCUGUAAUCCCAGCUACUCGGGAGGCUAAGGUAGGAGAAUCGCUUGAAACCAGAAGGUGGAGGUAGCAGUGAGCCAAGAUCACGCCACUGCACUCUAGCCUGGGCAACAAGAGCGAAACUCUGUCUCAAAAAACAAAACAAAAAAAACAAAUAAACAAACAAAUAAAGUUUUUGAAGAAAGUCAAAAGAACGUAUUCUGUAUUCUAAAAAUGCAUUCUAAGUGUUACAGCUCUUUUAGAAUUUGUCUAGCAGGUUUUCCGGUUUUCACCGGAACCCCUCCCCCACAAAAAGAAAAAAAUGCAUUCUAAAAAAAAAUCUAAAGAAUGCUUUAGGAAGUAUUGACUGGCAGUAGUGUACAGCAUGAAUAGGAUCAAGGCAACAUGUAGGAUGUUUGAGGUAAAGAGAAUGUUAGCAGGGACAGGCCAGUGAGAAUGAAGGAGAGGAGGAGGAAGAGGAGGCAGGAGGAAUGGCCAGGGGAAAGGAACUUUCUUGCUUAGUGCCUUGCACUUGAGAUAAGGGAACCUGUGACAUUUUUAAGGAAAUGUUUUAUGGAGGUGCUGAAAACUUGUCCUGUCUCCCAUCUUUUGUUCAUACAGAUUCCCCAAAUAGCCCUCAACUCUCUCCCAGCCCCCAGUCUUACUGCUGGUGAUAAUAAAUAGAAGAUACAGCAUUUCUGUGCUGAGAGAAUAUAGUUUAGGCUUUUCCAGGGUGUGAAGAGGAGAGUUGGAAGGUUCUGGGUUUAGUCCUGCCUUCUCACUGGCCAUGUGACCUCAGGAAAAUCCAUGGUCACUCAGGGCCUCACUUGAUCUUAGUUUUCCCACGUGAAACAGGAACAGGAGUACUUGUCUCACCUUUUAAUAGGAUGUCUUGAUAUAAGAUAUUGGCUUAGAAGAUACAUUUUAAACUUAAAUGACUGUACAGUUACUGGGUGGUAGCCUGCUCAUCGUGACUGUUGCCACUCCCUUCUGCAUUACUAUUUAAAUGCCUUUGUGCUUACAACCUAAUUUUGUUUUCCCACCUAUGGGCUUUGCUAUCUGUGUUUUGUAUCUCAGUUCACUUGAAGCCCUUGGGAGCAGCUAAAGCAGUUUUCUUUCUGAGUCUCAUCAGGUCACAGUGUGUAUGUUUGGGGGAGGCUAAGAGGGGGUUGAAGAGCUGUGUGAGGAAAAGGCCCUUUGGAAUGUGAAGACAUUCCCAUUUGCUGGGUAAUGGGAUCCUGAUAGGAGCCUUAGUCAGGUGGGAAGCAGGGCUCUGGAUAGGGCCCCAUUGCUUGGCUGCACUGGACCUAAACAUGGCCCUUUCUGGAAAUGCUAACAGUGCAUAUGAUUAGCAAAGAAGAGGAUACGAACAGACCUGGAGAUGUUAAAGGCACUAUAGGGGCCGGGCAUGGUGGCUGUCGCCUGUAAUCCCAGCACUUUGGGCGGUGGAGGCGGGAGGAUCUCUUGAGUUCAGGAAUUCAAGACCAGUGUGGGCAACACAGCGAGAUCCCAUCUCUACAAAAAAUGAAAAUUAGCCAGGUGUGGUGGUGUGCACCUGUAGUCCCAGCUACUAGGGAGGCUGAGGUGGGAGGAUUGCUUGAGCCCAGGAGUUUGAGGCUACAGUGAGCUAUGAUUACACUACUGCACUCCAGCUUGGGUGACAGAGACCCUAGCUCAAAAAACAAACAAGCAAACAACAACCACCACAAUGCACUGUGCCAUUGUGAAGUGGUGGUGUUCUGCAGAUGCCCAGGGCCCUCUCCCUCUGGAGUCAGCACCUCAGCCCUGCCCGGUGUUCAGAAUCAGGAAUGUAGUGCCCCAAGCCCAGGGUGGAAGGAGCGCACCCCGCCUGUGGUGGGACAGUGACAAGUGGGCUUCAAGCCUUCUCCAUUUACCCUCCCCAGUGCCACCCCUCUUUGAGGUGGCGUCUGUGUUGCUGUGGCAUGCACAGCACCCUCAUUAUUUCUCUCUCUCUUUUCUCUCCCCUCCCUCUGGCACUUUUUGUUUUUCUCUGCAUGGUUUCUGUAUUAUUAGUCCUGAGGUAAGAACUGGCCGAGUGCCUUGUCUACAGCCCCUUUUCCUCCUUUGCUGUCUGUCCUGCCCACCCAGGCCCUUUGCACCUUCUUGUCUGGAGAGCAUCAGGAGGGUCGGGUUGGGGCGUUCCUCUGCUGGCUGUGUGCGGCCGGCUCCACCUUCAGGCUCUCCUUGCCCUUUCCCACCCAGGUUUCUGUGCCCAGGUGUCUUCUCCGUUCUCGUCUCUCCCCAGGUGGAGGGCCUGCAGCGAAGGCCCAUGUGGGUGGGGCACCUCCUCUUCUUCCCGACCCAAGCCUCACCUCUUGUCCCCU